UGUUACAUAUAAUAGUAAAGGGAUCCAAUAAAAAGACGACUCUAAUAUGCCUUUGCCAAAACACUUACCUGGAUGUGCAAACGGACACUCUGUCCAGUCGUGCGGACGACUCCGUAUUUGAACUCAAACAUGCAGAAUUUUUUCCAUAUAACAUCUCCAAACUCCAAUCCAGUAUAACCCUCUCCCCCAUCUCCAACUCCCACCACCCCACCACCACCUCAGGCGGUGGUUCAGCCCUAAAAAAUGAACCCAAUCCUCUCCACUGCCCAACAUUGGCUAGUGAACCACCCCAAAAUCCUCAACUUUUCAUGGACCCCUGCCCUAACCUUUGCCUCCACUCCCCAAUUUCUCAUUCUCACAGUCCUAACCUACCUUACCUUCACUCUCCUCCUCUCUCAUAAUCCCAUUUCAUUACCCAUAAUUGCACCCAAUCUCCUAAAACCCAUCACAGCCAUCCAUAGCCUUACCCUCCUCCUCCUAUCUUUAAUCAUGGCCCUUGGUUGCACUCUAAGCAUCAUUCACCACCACACACAUGACCAUGAUCAUGAUCUCACCCACAUCAUUUGCUUCCCUCCUUACACUAAACCAUCUGGGCCCCUUUUUUUCUGGGCCUAUAUUUUUUACCUGUCAAAAAUUCUUGAAUUUGUGGAUACCCUUUUGAUCAUUCUUAGUAAUUCAAUCCAAAGGUUGACAUUUCUCCACGUGUACCAUCAUGCCACGGUGGUGAUUAUGUGUUACUUAUGGCUCUCCACAUCUCAGUCUUUGUUUCCAAUUGCUUUGGUUACUAAUGCAGGUGUUCAUGUUUUGAUGUAUUUGUAUUAUUUUUUGUGUGCAAUGGGUAUUCGGCCCAGAUGGAAAAGAUUGGUGACUGAUUGUCAAAUUGUCCAAUUUGUGAUUAGUUUUUUAAUUUCAAGUUUAAUGGUUUAUUACCAUUUUAGUGGAGUAGGUUGCUCUGGAAUUUGGAGUUGGUGCUUUAACGCUGUAUUUAAUGCUUCUCUGUUGGCCUUGUUUCUUGAUUUUUAUUUGAAGAGCUAUGCCAAAAAGAAAGUUUGAUGAUCUUGAUGAAGUAAUGUCCUUCAAUUUUGCUUUUCUAAUUCA